UUUUGUUUUAUUUAUUUAUAUACUUUUAUUUUUAGGUUGAAGUUCAGUUUAGUCCAGAUGUCAACAUUUCAACGGAAGCAAAAGAUUUAUUAUCAAGGUACAAAACCAAGCCAAAAAAGAAAACAUUGGAUGUACUGACUUGUUUUAUUGAAGUUUAUUAGCAAAGGACAAGGAGAAAAGAUUGGGCUACUGCGGCGUACAGGAAAUCAAAGCGCAUCCAUUUUUCAGUUCAAUCGAUUGGGACACCAUACGCAAUUCAGCAACACCACCAUUUAUUCCUACGAUUACUUCACCAGAUGAUGUGACAUUCUUCUCCUCGACAAAAAUGGAAGACGGAGAAGAAGAUGAAGAAGAUGACUUGUAUCAGAAUGAUUUCCAAGAUGAUUUGAACGAUAAUGAAUACCCGUUUAUUGGCUACACCUAUAUCCAUCGUAACACUAACGACUCGGAACUGCAGCAAAAAACAAACAAUGACACAGAAACCCAUCAACAGGAGAUUGAGCGACUUCAACAACAAGUACAAGAACUAAAAUCGCAAUUGGCAUUACAGGCUCAACCGGAAACCAAAGCCUCAAAAUUGGAUGAACGUCUAUUGCAACUCGAAAAGAAAGAAAAGCUCAAACUUCAAGACCAAAUAGCUCGAUUAAAGCAAGACUACGAACAGCAAUUGAAAAAGGUUCAACAAGAACGUGCCAGUCUUCAAGCUUCGUUCCAUAAACAACUGCUAGAAAAAGAAAAGUUACAAGCGGCUUUGGAAAUCAAUCAUGCAUCUGCACAGUUUAAAGAAACGAUUGAAAAUCAGCAGCAGGAACUAGAAAAGAUGACAAGCGAAAUUCAGGACAAGACACAACUGUAUGAACAGCAGAUCAAAAGUAGUCAGCAGCGUAUUGUAGAACUGCAGGAGGAAAAGAAGAUAUGCAUAGAGCAUCUAUCCAAAGAGCACGAAACUAAAAUAAACGAUUUGGAAGCCAACAUUCAACGAUUAAAGGACAAACUGGAAUAUGAGGCUGAAAAGUCAAAUAAGCUCAAAGAGAAAUGUAAGCAAAAACUGAAGGAUCAGUAUCAAGACUACAAGUUACUCAUUCAACAAUCGCGAGAUGAAAGCAGUAGCCUAAAGCAGCAAUUAGCUAAACAACAAGAAGAGCAAGAAAAGAGACAUUAUGGCCAAAAGAAAUCUCUGCCUCAUGUGCCUAUCACAGGAUCGUCGUCUGCUCGAUUACAUUCACCUGGUGAAGGAAGGUCUAUUUUGGCAACCAUGUGGAAGCGUGAUAGAGACUCACUCAGGACUGUGCAACAAGCACUGGAAGACUCUGAGGACCAGCUUGCCUUUGCCAAACGGCAAGUCUUGCGUCUGAAGAAGGAAGUCCGAUGCUUUCAGAAGCACUCUUUUGAACAAAUUAUGAAGGAACAAGAAGACAAGAACAAUGAUGUCUAUCAGUCAAUGGUCAAGAACAAGACAGACAACCGAAAUAGUCGAUCUUUCUUCUUUGAACCCUCUAAAUCUUGUCAUAUUCUACCAGAUUCACUUUUACCAAACACAGACUAUGACGAUUAUCCAUCCAAAUCAAAACUACACAAAUCAAUGCAGUUGAGACCCAAAGAAUCUGAUGUUAAGCAUUCAGACAGUCUGACUACAAAAACGCAAGAUAUCCUAGACAAGAUUCAACAAGAAAAAGACUUUAUUCAUAGCACUCAAAAGACACUCUUGGCCCGUGCAAGGCUAUCUCGUACACGAAGUGAUGUUGACAAAGAGUUGAAAACCUCUUUAGAACGCUCCUAUUCCAAUCUUUCUUUGCUCGAGAGUCAACUAAAAGCAAACAGUUCCAUGUCUCCUUUUCCUCUCAACGCCACCAAGAUAGUACCUUCCUAAGUUCAUUCUAUAAUGUUUUGUUUGUACAUAUUUUGAAUAAACAUAUUUUUGAUUGAGUUUA